AUGGCCUCGGUCGCCGUGGCGGCGGCCAGACGGAGCCUCGGGCGGGCGCCUCCGCUCCUCCUGCAGCGCGGCUACCAGACCGAAAGGGGCGUCUACGGCUACCGGCCGCGGAAGACCGAGAGCCGGGAGCCCCGGGGCGCCCGGGCGCACCCGCCAGUUGAUCAUGGACUUGCCAGGUUGGUGACAGUAUAUUGUGAACAUGGUCAUAAAGCUGCCAAAAUCAACCCCCUCUUUACUGGACAAGCCCUGCAGGAGAAUGUGCCUGAAAUCCAAGCCCUUGUGCAGACCCUGCAGGGACCCUUUAAUACCACAGGAUUAUUGAACAUGGGGAAGGACGAGGCCUCUCUUGAGGAAGUAUUAGCCUAUCUCAACCAAAUCUACUGUGGGCAGAUUUCCAUUGAAACCUCCCAACUUCAGAGACAGGAGGAGAAAGACUGGUUUGCAAAGCGGUUUGAGGAGCUGAAAAAGGAGCCAUUUACUACAGAAGAGAGAAAACAUCUGUCCAAACUAAUGCUAGAAUCUCAGGAAUUUGACCACUUUUUGGCCACCAAGUUUGCCACAGUGAAGCGAUAUGGAGGCGAAGGAGCUGAAAGCAUGAUGGGCUUUUUCCAUGAGUUGCUGAAAAUGUCAGCCUACAGUGGGAUCACUGAUGUCAUCAUUGGGAUGCCCCAUAGGGGGAGACUUAAUUUACUGACAGGCCUUCUGCAGUUCCCUCCAGAGCUGAUGUUUCGCAAAAUGCGAGGCUUAAGUGAAUUUCCGGAAAAUGUACCAGCCACUGGAGAUGUCCUGUCUCACCUGACCUCCUCAGUUGACCUGGACUUUGGUGCGCACCAUCCCCUGCAUGUGACAAUGCUGCCUAACCCCUCACACCUGGAAGCGGUGAACCCUGUGGCUGUCGGGAAGACUCGGGGAAGGCAGCAGUCUAGACAGGAUGGGGACUACUCUCCAGACGUUUCGGCUCAGCCUGGGGACAAAGUCAUCUGCUUGCAGGUUCACGGUGAUGCUUCUUUCUGUGGUCAAGGGAUUGUCCCUGAAACAUUUACGCUCUCUAAUCUCCCACAUUUCAGAAUUGGUGGAAGUGUCCACCUGAUUGUCAAUAACCAGCUGGGUUACACCACUCCGGCAGAAAGAGGAAGGUCUUCCUUAUACUGUAGUGAUAUUGGGAAGCUUGUGGGCUGUGCCAUCAUCCAUGUCAAUGGAGACAGCCCAGAGGAAGUGGUCCGUGCCACACGACUGGCUUUUGAAUACCAGCGCCAAUUCCGGAAGGAUGUGAUUGUUGAUUUGUUGUGCUACAGGCAGUGGGGCCACAAUGAGCUGGAUGAGCCUUUCUUCACCAACCCAGUCAUGUACAAAAUCAUCAGAGCCCGCAAGAGCAUUCCAGACACUUAUGCAGAGCACCUUACUGCCAAUGGACUCAUGACCCAGGAGGAGGUGUCAGAAAUCAAAGCCUCCUAUUAUGCAAAGUUAAAUGACCAUUUAAAUAACCUGGCCCACUAUAGCCCCCCUGCCACUCACCUGCAGGCCCACUGGCAGGGCCUGGCUCAGCCAGAAGCUCGCAUUACCACCUGGAACACAGGUGUGCCCGUCGACCUCCUUCGGUUUAUUGGUGGCAAGUCCGUGGAGGUGCCGGAGGAACUCCAGAUGCACAGUCACCUUCUGAAGAUGUAUGUUCAGUCUAGGCUGGAGAAGGUGAUGGAUGGAACCAAGUUAGACUGGGCCACGGCAGAAGCUCUUGCCUUAGGCUCAUUGCUUGUUCAAGGUUAUAAUGUCCGUCUGAGUGGCCAAGAUGUUGGCCGUGGAACGUUUAGUCAGAGACAUGCAAUGGUUGUUUGCCAGAAGACUGAUGAUACCUACAUCCCUCUGAACCAUAUGGACCCUCAUCAGAAGGGGUUUCUAGAGGUCAGCAACAGCCCAUUGUCAGAAGAGGCUGUCCUGGGAUUUGAGUAUGGGAUGAGCAUUGAGAGCCCUAAGUUACUGCCCCUCUGGGAGGCUCAGUUUGGCGAUUUCUUCAAUGGUGCCCAGAUCAUCUUUGACACGUUCAUCUCUGGAGGAGAGGCCAAGUGGCUCCUCCAGAGCGGCAUUGUGAUUCUCCUGCCCCAUGGGUAUGACGGGGCUGGACCUGACCACUCCUCUUGUCGCAUAGAGCGUUUCUUGCAGAUGUGUGACAGCACAGAGGAGGGGGUGGACGGGGACACCGUGAACAUGUUUGUGGUACACCCCACGACUCCUGCUCAGUACUUCCAUUUGCUCAGGAGACAAAUGGUCCGGAACUUCAGAAAACCCCUCAUUGUUGCUUCUCCGAAGAUGUUACUCAGGUUCCCUGCAGCUGUAUCAACUCUUCAAGAAAUGGCACCAGGAACAACAUUCAAACCGGUCAUUGGUGAUUCAUCUGUGGAUCCAAAAAAUGUUAAGAGUCUAGUGUUCUGCUCUGGCAAACACUUCUAUGCUCUGCUGAAGCAAAGAGAAUCUUUGGGGGCCAAGAAACAUGCAUUUGCCAUUAUCCGAAUAGAGGAACUCUGCCCAUUCCCGUUGGACUCAUUACAACUGGAGAUGAGCAAAUACAAACAUGUUAAAGAUUUUAUUUGGAGUCAGGAGGAGCCUCAGAACAUGGGUCCAUGGUGUUUUGUUUCUCCAAGGUUUGAAAAGCAGCUGGCCUGCAAGCUCCGCCUUGUGAGCCGACCACCUUUGCCGGCACCUGCUGUAGGAAUUGGCACCGUUCACCUGCAGCAGCAGGAGGAUAUCCUCACCAGGACCUUCGCUUGAUGAUGUACUUGGAAGAAAUACAACUUCCUGUUAAGGAAAUUGCCAUAAAAAGAAAGGCCGGCUUCCUCUACUCUCCUUUUUCCAUUAGGUAACAUGGAAUGUCUGCGUUCCUCUAAGAUGUUGGGACUGAUUAGAUGUUGGGACUGAUUAAUCUGGAAUACGUGGAAUAGCAAUGGAAUCAAUAUAUAAAUCAGACAAGUAACUUUUAUCCUUACAAAUUUGAUCAUGUUACAGUUUGGUUAGAUCUGAGAGUUAUAGAGCUAGGUCAUAAUCAAGAUCUUUCAGAUUCCACUCUUUCUCAUUAACUGUAUAUGCCCAGGAAAGUUCUUUAGCUUGACUUUAUAGCUACAUAUAGAUUACCUCAACAUUACCUCUAGAUUUAUUUGAUGCCUGUCACUUUCAUUAAUUUUCCCCUUCUUUAUUCAAACUCAAAUAUUUUCAUUUAUGUCGGUUUUGGUGUAGUCUUCUAGCCACUGUGAAAAAUGUUUCACUAGACACUGUAGCAAUACUAUAUUAUUUCUGAUUUCUGAUUUCAAGAUAGUUGUUUUACCCAUUGUCCUUAAGUAUAUUAAAUACAAAUCUCUGGGUGUGAUCUUUUAGCAUAGUGGUACUAAGUGAAGGAGUUUUGUGUGUGUGUUUGUUUUUUUUUAAAGUAUGUUUUUAUUGAUUAUUUUUUAGAGAGGCAGGAAGGCAAGAGGGAGAGAGAAACAUCAAUGAGAGAGAAACAUUGAUCAGCUGCCUCCUGCACAACCAGGCAUGUAUCCUGACUGGGAAUUGAACUGGCAACCUCUUGGUGCAUGGGAUGAUGCUCAACCAACUGAGCCACACUGGUGCGGCAAGUGAAGGAGUUUUAGGUACAAUGAAAUUGGUUUGUGGCCUGCCUUGCCAUAGUAUAUUUCUUCCCUAAAUUGUUCUUGCGGUGGUAUUUCAAAUGACUUUGGAUGUCUGAUAAAGAGAAUUUCAGCCCCUGGUUAAUCAGUCUUGCCUUUAAACGUUCCUGCUGCAGUGUGAUGUUUAUUUGCCGUGUUUAAGGUGCACUUUAAUUUUGACAGCAGGAACUUCCCAACGCCAGGUGCUUGGGAAUUUCUAGGGAUCGCCAACCCACUCCCUUAUUCUGAAAUUAAAUGGUACUGGAAGCAUAACUAAACAGCAGCAAUCUGUGCAGCUUUACGUGGCUUGGUGCUGCAGAAGCUCUACCAUUGGCCAUUCUUGUGAUACUUUUUCUGGGAAAUGAUGGUGGAAGUUCUGGGGCACUGGAAUGCCCUCUUCACUUUUACUGGCAACUGGUAAUAUUUUUCAGAAUCAAUGUAUAAGUUGUUCUGGUCACAGCAGUAGAUUUGUGGUUCAUAUCUUACAUGUAUGCAUUAGUGCAUUGACAACAUUUCUGUAGUAUUCAGAUCCCUUCUAUUCUUAUACACCAUAAUGCUUCCUUUCUGUGUCAAGCCUUAUAAAUCAUGUAACUUGGUGCCACUCAUGUAAAUGACUAAAAUUACAGAGGUCUAUUUAAUGAGAAUGGUUAACAGUAUUGUAUAUCAAACUAGUAAAAAAUAAAAGCACAGUGUCAUUUUCAGAUCUCUUGGUUUCUUAACUUAAAAAAAUUUUAAAGUGUAAGACAAAAAUGAGAGGGAAAACUAGAUUUUUUUUCUUAGUUUCGUGUAGAUCUCUUCAAAUUUCUAACUUUAUAUCUCAAAAGUCUGUUUAUGGUAUCUUGUUACAUCUUCUCCAACUUGAGCCAUGAGCUGUGUACCUCAUCCUCACUCUCAAUCACUACAGAAACAAGGGCCAGCAUUUUGAAUUUCCUUGCAGGAAGAGACCAUUUGAAAAAUUCCAAAUCAAAUGCUCCCAUGAUAAAAUAUUAGAUUAAAAACAUAAUAAGGUAAAAUAAAAUAUUUUACUUUAUUCCUUUUUAAAUUUUGAUAUGAUUUUUGUAUCCCAUUUAUAUCUAUCAAUGCUAAAUUUCAUAGUCAAUGAAGAUUACAGCUCAAAUUGGGUAUUCAGUGAAUAGAAUGACAUUAUUCUUUGUAAAAUAAAAUUUUAUUCCUUAUAAGAC